GAUCUUAUUCUCGCAUCAAGGCGAUGUAUUAUAUAUAUAUUCGUACAGCAUCCACAAAAACCAGAUACAUAUUUGCUCAGUUUUACCGAUAUCAAAAUAUUUCGAAAAAGGUUAAUGGCGCUAUAAUAUGUAGACUCGAUCGCGCUCGUGAUUGUACAGUAUAGCUAGUAUAUAUUCAGCACCUUACAGAUUACAAUCGUGAGACCUGCCUGCAAACCGUUAAGCUGCUUUUACCUGAAUUUUAAGACAGUUGUGGACAAAUGGCACAUAGCUAUAAGAAGCUUAUAGUUACCAAAGCUAAUGCUGGAUAAGUAAAUAGCGGGAGAGCGAAACCUUUCUAACACCGCCACAAAAUGCUAAACCUGCGCGUCUAUCAAACCUGCUCGAUCCCUUCGUUUGUGCAAAGACUACUAGGUCCAAGCAAAGGCGGUCGAUCUGUAAUUAGCGUCUAUGGUCAAAGCGACUAAACAGUGAGAUAUGGCUAUAGGGAAGGGGGAAACAGUUGUAACAGUGUUGUCGUCUCUACCUUGCCGAUAGGUUUGUGAGCAGCAGGCUGGACAUACUUUUUACGAAACUACGGCUUGUAAAUGAACUUUAUCACCAACGUUUAUCGAAGAACGAGUAACCGUCUUUCAACAAAAUGCAGAAAAAUGUACAGAUGCAGGAAUAUGCGAGGGCUGUGAGUAUCAGUUUAGACAGAUGACCACAUGGAUGGGUUCACUCCCAAAGCCGAAGCAACCGAAGACCUGGAAGAACUGAUGGACUUGCAUGUCUUCAUUGGACACUCAUCUUCAUUUUCUUAUAAGCGCAGCUCAAGCAUCUGUUCAAGACUGUCAUCCACUCGGAAAAGGAUACCUAACAACCUAACAUGGAGCCUUCGCAAAUUAUCUAUCAGAAAGAGAAGCAUAAUUUUUCGAAGGAGACGAAAGAAAAGACUGUACAUCCAAAGAAAAGAUUGAAAACAAGAGUUGUAAAUAACCACACCAAACUGCAACACUUGGUAGUUGAUUAUCCCACCAUCGACCGCUGGUGUGUGAUCAAAGAAAAGCUUUCCUUCAAGACAGAUGUUGAGCUUGCUGGAUUCUUGAUGCAGUUUUACGAAGACACAAUCUCUGGGGCUACAGCAGUCAGAUGUUUUGUAUGUCAAAGUCCUCUUCCCUUACAAUGUGACAAGUGCACUCAUUUUGCUGACCAAGGAGUGCUACAGGCUAAUGAUGUGCCAAACAGCAAUAUCUUACCAGAUGAGAAAGAAGAAAGUCAGUGGUGCCACAGUUCAUACCCUCAUGAUCAGCAAGAAAUAGAAUCAUCCUCUGAUAUAUCCUGCAAAGAGCAUAUGCAGACAGAAGCCAGACCCACGGGAGACCAUUCAUUUAUGGCAGCAAACAGUGUUAUAAACAAAACAGUAACACAUGUUUUUGGAAAAGACUGUGACAAAAUGUCCAGAUUGACCAAGAACCAUCCUAAAAAAGGAAAAGUCAAACUGAAGAAGAAGUUUUUAUGUCAAGAAUGUGGUGGUGUGUACUCUAGAGCUGGAAGUCUGAAAGUGCAUAUGCGAAUACACACUGGAGAAAAACCUUACAAGUGCCAACAGUGCGACUCUGCUUUUGCUCAGACAGCUGAUCUCAAAACUCACCUUGUGUCUCACUCAGAUGCAAGGCCUUUUCUGUGUCAGGAGUGUGGUGCAGCAUUCAAGAGGGCUUUUACUUUAAAAAAUCAUAUGAAACUACACACAGGUGAAAUGCCUUACAAGUGUGAACAGUGUGGAAGGGCUUUUCGAGAACAUCGUGCCUUUCGAGAACAUUCUCUGAUGCACAGUGGGGUCAAACCAUAUGUGUGCCAUGAAUGUGGCCAGGCAUACUCCUCCUCAAGGGGUUAUCUGAAGCAUAAGUGGACUCACUCUGAGAAAAAGCCUUAUCAGUGUAAUGUUUGUAGCAAGCAGUUUGGUGACAGCUACGCACUGUCUGUUCACACACGCAGCCACACGGGCGAGAAACCAGUGCAGUGUGAUGUGUGCAAGAAAUGUUUUGCUACACGGUCUGCCCUUCUCAUUCAUAUGCGAACGCAUACUGGUGAAAAACCUUAUAAGUGUUCAGAAUGUGGGUCUGCAUUUACACAGAAGAUUAAUCUAACUGCUCAUAUGCGAACUCACACUGGUGAAAAGCCAUUUACAUGUGAAUAUUGUGGGACAUCUUUCACUGAUGCAUCUAGCUGGAGGAGACACAAAAGACAAAAGCAUGGGGUCAUGACUCAGAGGUGCAAUUUGAAAAUUAACAACUUUCAUCAUGCUACAGAUCAUACUUCUGUCUCCAAAGCUGUGUGGCAAGUGAAAAAAAAAACUUUUCUGUUAAAGAUCAGGUUCAGAGGAUUUGGUUACAAAGUCAACAUGAAAAGAAUUCAGCCUCUUGAUUUGGCUGAUAAAGAUUUUGAUCAUUGGUGCAGUAUUGGAGAAUCCAAGGGUCUUCAAAAUGAUGCAGAUAUAGCCUGUUUUCUCCUGCAGAUUUACGAGCAGACCAGAAUUAAACAGGAAAUAACUGAUCGCUGCAUGACUUGCCAAGCUAUUUUGGUGCUAGUAUGCCCUACUUGCCAGACCUGCACCCAUGGAGACCAGCCUUCACAAACAUCUUUGCAAUCUCACAUCUCAAACAUACAAGCCAAGCAGACCCUAAACAACAGAUACAAAAAGCAAGCCAAUAUAAAAGGCAAAAUUGAGUUGAGAGCCAUGACAGUGGAGAAUUCAGGCACAAGUAUUCAAGAGUUGGCUUCAGAGACUGAGAAUGUGGAGGAAAUGAUGUCCCAGCCUGCUGAACUAAGUACAGCAACUUUGGAGUUGUCAGACAAUGUUCUUAAAACAUUACGCAAGACCUUACCAGAAAGAGCAAAACAAAAGUUUAGUUGUGCAGAGUGUGGUGCUACCUUCUUCCGUCCUAGUCGCCUAAAGGUGCACGUGAGAAAGCAUUCUGGAGAGAGACCAUUUAUAUGUAAUCAGUGUUAUGCCUCUUUCUCAGAAGCUACCAGCUUACAGCUGCACUGGAAGAGGCAUACUGGAGUAAGACCAUUUAAAUGUAGCAUUUGUAGUGCAGCUUUUUUCCAGUCAUCAGAAGUCAGAGUGCACAUGCGCAAGCACACAGGUGAAAAACCUUUCUUAUGUGAAAUUUGUAAUAAAACAUUUUCACAGUCCAGCCAUCUUAAAGACCAUAAGAGAUCACAUACAGGUGCAAAACCUUAUCUAUGUCAAGAAUGUGGCACAUCCUUUACGCGAUCUAGCGCCUUGAACUUGCAUAUGAGACAGCACACUGGUGAAAGGCCUUAUGUCUGUAUGGAAUGUGGAAAAGCCUAUUCAAGAUCAGAAUAUUUGACAGUUCACAUGCGAACACACACAGGCGACAAACCGUUCUUGUGCCAGGAGUGUGGAGCAGCUUUUACUACAUUAGGUGUCUUAGCACAGCAUAUGCAGUGUCACAAAUCUGAAAGACCUCAUGAAUGCAGAGAAUGUGGAGAUAAAUUUUCAGAGCCAGACAGUUUAGUGAUUCACAUGAAACUGCAUGCAGACAACAAACCAUAUCAGUGCCAGGAAUGCGGAGCAGCUUUAACCCAGGCAGGUGGCCUGGCUAGACACCUUCGUUGUCACACUGGUGAAAAACCAUUCAAAUGCAAAGUGUGCUCUGCCCUUUUCUCUCGCUCAGGCCAUCUCACCAUUCACAUGAGAUCACAUACAGGAGAAAAGCCAUACAAGUGCACAGAGUGUUCAAGUGCAUUUACAACAUCAAGUAGCUUAAAGGCUCAUUUUCGCAGGCAUACUGGGUACAAACCAUUCAACUGUGCCAAGUGUGGACUUUCUUACACCCAAAAACAUAAUCUAAUGAUUCAUAUAAUGAAAAAGCAUCCUUUGAAUUAAUCAUGUUUUGCAAAUUUACUGAUUAUUUAUCGUAUAGGUAUAGAGAUGUCUGCUUAGUGGAGCUAAGUGAUCAUCUACCUCUCAAGUUAAAUUAUUGAAAGUGUUUCUGGAAAAAAGGAGAAAAACCUGCCUUUGAAAACUAUCUCCUGGAUCCACUCCUAACAUGCCUACAAUUUGUGUAUGUUGUAGAAGUGAGCAUGUCUGUUAUAUUUGAAUAUGGGUGCAUGGUUGUUGAGGAUUUAGACUAUGUAUGAUUCAUGGAAAGCACUGUGAGCAAAUCUUUGGAAAGGUGCUGUAUAAAUCCUCAUUAUUGUUAUUAUAUUUGACAAAUUGGCAAGUUGCUUCAUUGGUGAAUACAUUUAUCUGAUAUGGAAUACUUUAAUUUUAUAGUUUGACAAUGAUUGUUAAAUUUUAAAACUUGAUAAGUGGAAUUUUGAUGACUUUGAUGCUGUGCAUUAUUGAUGACUGUAUAUGUGAGCUGUUUCUCGCCAGUUUAAAAAUUUAAUAUUAUAUAUUAUGCUGUGAAUUGCCUUGAGGAACCAGAAUGUGUCUUUCUCUCAUCUUAGUGCUUGGGGGUCAAGGUAGAAUGGACAGAACAGCUCACUUUGCCAUGGGUAUCUACAUAUCUUAAGUCAUUUAAGUGAGCUAUUUCUUUCUAUGAUUAUUUUUCAAGUCUUCUCAUUUCCUUUGAGAAAAUGGGUUGAAUGACAGUACAUAGUGCUACAAUAGUUAGAAACAGGCAUAUAUCAUUGUAUACCUUUAAUUGUCACUUUCCUGUGUACUUUUAUCUGUUGUGAAUAGUCUCAACAGUGUUUAUCAAUACCUAAAGGCUAUUUUUAUGCAAGUUUUCUUAUAAAGGACCAGUCGUUGUGCACAACUCUUGUUUUGCAAGAGCAGUUUUUUUGGUGUGGUCCUGUACACCACCCACAUGAAACUGUUUUAAAGAGAAUGAUUUUUAUCAUUAUUUUUAAGAUAAAAAUCCAUGUUUUUUAAGGUGAAUGACUUUGUUUAGGUACUUAGUACAAAUUUAUAUGUCCAAAUAGCCUGUUAACAGGGGCUAAAGGUAACACACUGAGAUCUAAAAACAAGAUGCAAACAUUGGCUGUUGAAUGGAGGGAUCAAGGUAGGAUGGACCAUACUUAAGAAAGCUAGUUCUAAGAAAAGUGCACUCUAACAUCCUCCCUUCCCAAAGAACUAGUGGUUUGGGAUCAACUACCUAUAAUAUUCAAAAAUGUAAAAUUCAGAGCAUGCAGAGAAAGUCAUAAACAGCAGACGGAUACUUUAAUCCUGAAAAAAUUUAUUUUUCUUCACAUAGAUCACAAACGCAGGAAAUAAACAUGACAUCUUUAAUGCCAGUGACUUGGUCAUUUAUGACAUGGGGGAGAUACAAGCAUAUUUACAGUACAAAAUAGCAUGUUCAAUGGCAAUCUACAGGCAAAUUUUCGUAUAAUUUGAACCUAUUGUCAUCAGGCAUAUUCUUUUUUGAAAGGGACGUGACUGUAUAUAUAUAUAUGCAUAUUUCAUUAUACUUCCAUUAUAAACAUAGACAUAGAAAGCAGAUAUGGCUGUAGGUAGUUUUUGUUGCUUCUGAGCACCAUAUUACUCUGAAAACUGUUAAAGACUAAGCUUUGAUAAACUUCACUAGGAUAUUUUAAUUGUGCCUGGGUGAUGUAAAUCAAUAAUCUGAAUCAACACAUUCCUAAACUUUAUAUAUUUAUUAUAGUUUUCUUUUUUUCCUUGGGCUAUGAUUCAUCCAUGGUUGUCUACUAUACACAUCUGCAUGUGUUUGUUCCUAUUUCCUUUAUAAUAAUAAAGUGAUACAGCUUUGAA